GAAGCAUGGCUUUUUCUUUUAGGAGUCAUCGUGGCCGCAGUUUUACUCUUUACAGCGGUAUUCUACAUUAUCAUGUUUUCAGAUCUAGAAUGCGAUUACUUGAAUCCGAUCGACCUAUGUAACAAGUUGAAUCAGUUUGUACUACCGGAAAUGGGGGCACAUAUGUUCUUAGUAGUCUGCUUUGUAAUGGGCUUUCAGUUAAUUGCUACAAUCAUCAAUGCGCCUCUGGUUGCGUGGAACGUCAAUAAAGUACUCAAUAAAAAUCACAUGUAUGAUGCUACAGAGAUCUUUCGGACAUUGGGACAGCAUAAGAAAGAGACUUUUUUCAAACUGGGGUUUUAUCUGAUCACCUUUUUCUAUUACCUUUAUCGGAUGAUCGUGGCUUUAGUGGCAGACGAAGUAUAA